CAUGAGAUCCCAAGAAGAAGUGAAAGGGGCUACCAAGUAGCCCCACGUGCCCCACUCAGAAUGUCCGAAAAAAAAGCCGUAGAAAAAAAAACCGGGCACCGGCAAAACCGUAAAAUAAAACCUCCCACCCGUCUCUCUCCCCUUCCCAACCCAGCGACCGCGGCGAGGCGCACACACCCCUCGCUUCCCAAAGAAAUGGUGAAGCCGCCGCCGGCGGAGGAGGAUACUGCGGCGCUGCGGCGGCGCCUUAGGAGUCUCGUUACGGCACUGACCGGUGAAGGUGCCGUAGCGGACGCGUUCGAUGAGGCGGCCGCGGCGCUCGCGGCGCUAAGGGAGGCCGAACUCAGCGGGCGUGGGAAGGGAGCUCGGAGAGAGGAUAUGCGAACCGUGGUGGAGGCAGAAGCCGUGCCGGAACAGUUCUUGUGCCCGAUCUCGUCCAAGAUCAUGGGUGACCCCGUGGUCGUCGAGUCUGGUCAGACCUAUGAUCGCCAUUUCAUCGAGGAGUGGUUUAGUGCAGGGAACCAGACGUGCCCGCAGAGCCAACAAGUGCUUUUAAACAAAACGCUGAUUCCUAAUCUCCUCAUUCGAAGCAUGAUAGCACAGUGGUGCACACAGAAUGGAUUUUCCCUGCCACCAGUUGAGAACCAAAAUGAAGAUCAUGCUAGCAACAGUGAGCAAAGAACAUUUGAUGAUAUAUUCAACAAAAUAACUUCAUCAUCAAACAGCACUGAACAGAAGCAAGCAAUCAAGAAUCUCAGGCUGCUCACCAAGCGUAGCAGUGAAUUCAGAGCUAUCUUAGAAGAAAGGCCAGACUCCAUAUCAGAAAUGACCUUUUCCCGGUUUUCUACCCCAGAAUUACAAAAUGAUCCACAAGUAGUGGAGGACAUGGUGACUAUAAUUCUGAACUUUUCACUGCAUGAUAGUAAUAAGAAGAUAAUUGGAGAUGACCCAGAAGCAAUCCCCUUCCUCAUAUGGGCACUCAAAUCGGGAGACAUGGGGAGCCGCAGCAACUCUGCAGCUGCCAUUUUCACUCUGUCAGCUGUUGACUCCAACAAAGUGAAGAUUGGUGAAUUGGGAGCAAUGGGACCUUUGAUCGAUCUUCUUGAACAUGGCAGCAUCAUAGCAAAGAAAGAUGCGGCAUCAGCCAUUUUCAGUCUUUGUCUGCUCCAUGAGAAUAGGUCAAGAGCUACACGGAGUGGCAUCGUUGAUGUGUCGAUGAGAGCCAUCAGAGAUCAGUCGCUUACAGAAGAAUCGUUGGCUAUACUUGCUUUGUUAUCAAGCAACUAUGACAUGGUAGAGCUGAUGAUAGAGUUUGACGGUGCCACUUGCAUGCUGCAAGCAGUAAGGGAGAGCGAGUGCAAGCGUAGCAAAGAGAAUGCAGUUGUAGUCCUUUUCUCGAUUUGUAUGUACAAUCGGGCAAAGCUGAAACAGGUCGAGGAACAUGAGAAUACGAAUGGGUCAUUAGCUUUUCUUGCACAGAACGGGACUCCAAGGGCAAGGAGGAAGGCUGCCGCAAUCCUGGAGAUGAUGACGAAAACCAAAACCAUGCACAACAGGCAUAGUUCUUGUUAGGAUCAGCAAGAGAGAUGCAGUUGGAGUAACAAAGAGGAUGUUAGGUUAGGUGUACAUAUUGAAAUACACACAUAGUAUCUUCCUUUCCAGUAUAUAGAGGCAUUGUGCAGAUAAAGAGCUAAGGGUUUUCUCAUUGGAAUGAUACAGACCAGUUCUUGGUUCUUUGAACAUACAGCAGCGUGAACUUUUCCCAGAAUAGCAUUUGCAGGAUGUGUAGCGUGAAUAUGUUUCUUUCCUUAGUAAUAACUCUAUCAAAAAAUGGAAUGAUUUCUCGCCCUCACAGCAUGCCAUCUCAGCAUAUGUCCA